CUAUAGAACUAGUACUGCGAGGCCAAUCAAUUAACUUGGAAAUUAAUCAAACACUCUUAAUCACAUCUUACCCCUAAAAUAUUCUUAUCCAAAAUGGGUGUUGAGAAUGGAGAUUUCUCCGUGAAUGUGACCAAUGAAGAAGUGGUGGCAGCAGUGGUACCAAUGCAAGAACAUUGGCUCCCACUCUCUAACCUUGACCUACUCCUACCUCCAGUUGAUGUAGGAGUCUUCUUUUGCUACAAAAACCCCAUAUCCACAACCUUAGGGGAUAAUGGCAACAAAAUGACCUUUGGAUCCAUGGUGGGGACUCUAAAAAAAGCCUUAGCACGAGCUCUAAUCUCUUAUUAUGUAUUUGCAGGAGAAGUUGUGCCUAACAAUAUGGGUGAACCCGAAGUGCUUUGUAAUAAUCGUGGGGUUGAUUUUGUUGAAGCUGUGGCAGAUGUUGAGCUAAAGUGCCUCAACUUUUACAACCCGGAUGACACCAUUGAGGGCAGGUUUGUUCCAAAGAAGAAGAAUGGUGUGCUGGCUGUCCAGGCAACUUCACUCAAGUGUGGCGGAAUAAUUGUGGCAUGCACAUUUGACCAUCGUGUAGCAGAUGCCUAUUCAACAAACAUGUUCCUUGUUUCAUGGGCCGAGAUGGCCCAGCCCACCAAGCCCAACAAUGCCGUCACCGCCGCCGCCGCAACCGCUUAUCGCCACCCAUGUUUCCGCCGUUCCCUCCUCAGCCCACGCCGCCCGGGUUCUAUCCACCCUUCUCUACACCACAUGUACACCCCCAUUUCCGAGUUCCCUCCUCCUCCGGCCAGCGCCGCCACCGCUCUCCUCAGCCGCAUAUACUACGUCAAGGCGGAGCAGCUCCACCGCAUGCAGUUUCUCGCCGCCACGCGCACAAAGCUCGAGUGUUUCUCCGCAUUCUUAUGGAAGAUGGUUGCACUUGCGGCUUCAAAAGAGGAAAAUGGUAAGAGGGUUGUGGCCAAAAUGGGCAUUGUGGUUGAUGGAAGGAAAAGGCUUGGCAACGGUGACAAAGAGAGUGAAGCAAUGAUGGAGUGUUAUUUUGGGAACGUGCUUUCCAUACCCUUUGACGGGAAACCGGUGCAGGAGUUGGUGGAGAAGCCACUAGGCUUUGUGGCGGAGGCGGUUCACGAGUUUUUGAUGGCGGCGGCCACCGAGGAGCACUUCUUAGGGCUAAUUGAUUGGGUGGAGGAUCACCGACCGGUCCCUGGAGUUGCUAAAAUUUAUUAUAGCAACACCAAAGAGGGACCAGCCUUUGUGGUGUCUUCCGGACAGAGAUUUCCGGAGGACAAAGUGGAUUUUGGGUGGGGGAAAGUUGUGUUUGCAUCAUAUCAUUUUCCUUGGGCUGGUGAAGCUGGCUAUGUUAUGCCAAUGCCAAGUCCUUUGGAGAAUGGUGAUUGGGUUGUGUACAUGCAUCUUGCAAAGAAGCAGUUGGAGAUCAUAGAAUCUGAGGCUGCUCAUGUCUUCAAGCCCUUAACGUGGGACUACCUUAACCAGUAAUAGUUGAUAUGGUGUUGAGCGUGUUGUUAAUGUACUAGUUAUUAUGUGUUUGUUUAAACGUUCAUUUAGUUGUUGUAACAAAAUUAUAUGUUAGUGGUUGGUCAAGUUUGUAAAGUGUGAAUUAAAUACGGUAUUUGGAAGGGUUUGCGUUUAGUUAA